AUGCAAUCUUCUCAUCAUUUGGAUGUUUUACGUGGACGGUGUCAAGAACUUCCAAAUGUUCGAUCGAAAAUAGUUCGUAUCUUUCUUAGUUCGACAUUUUCAGAUACGUUAUGCGAACGAGACUCAUUGAUCGAAAGUGUAUUUCCUAGAUUAAAAGAUUAUUGUCGUGAAAAAUAUGGUCUCGAAUUUCAAUAUUCUGAUAUGCGAUGGGGCAUUGAAACAGAAUCAUUCGAUAAUCAUAGCGAAGUUCAAACAUGUCUCAAUGAAAUAGAACUGUGCAAAAAAUACUCAGUGGCUACGAAUUUUGUGGUUCUCUUAAGCCACCGUUAUGGGUCACGACCAACACCAGCCAUGAUUCGUGCAUCACUUUUUGAAGAGUUGCUUGAGAUCAUUCGUUCGGAUCCAAACCUGAACGCUGAUGCUGAAUUACUUUCAGAAUGGUAUCAACUUGAUACGAAUAGUGUACCGGCUGCGUAUAUACUUCGUCCUAUAUCGACGAAACUACCAAACAUCAAGUCUCGAAAUACAGAAGAGAUGAAACAAGCUGAUAAAGAAUGGCAACAAAUUAAUGAUCGUAUUCGAACAUGUUUUCGACAAACAGCAGCCAAAUGUUUAGAACAAGGACAAAUUAAUGAGAAUGAAUAUGAUGAUUUUUUCAUAUCAGUUACAGAAAAAGAAAUCGUAAAAGGCAUUCUAUCAGCAUCGGAUGCUAACCAACGUACAUUGUGUUUUUUACGUGAAAUUGAAAAUAUUCAUGAUCAUUUAUCAGAUCGUAAAGCAUCAAAAUUUGUUGAUUUACAAUAUUUGAAUGAUGGAGAACCGAUUGUAGAUAAUGAAGCUGAACAAUUACUUAAUCGUUUAAAGAAUAAACGUAUUCCGAAAAUAUUACAACCGAAUAACAUAUUUUCAUACAAAGUACGUUGGAAAUCAGAUGGUAUAAAUCGACGUGACCAUGUCGAGUACAUAUCACAAUUCAAUGAGGACUUCUACAAUGCCAUCAAACAACAAGUUGAUGAUUGUGCCAAAUCUCGUGUCAUGAUGGUUUCCGAUCCAUUGCAACAUGAAAUAUUAGAACAUGCUAUACAAUGCAAAACGUACGUGGCUAAAUUUCAUGGUCGAACUGAUGUUUUAAAUAAAUUAAAAGAUUAUAUAAAAAAUGACAAUGAAAAUCGACCAUGCAUUGUCUAUGGAGCUUCUGGUUGUGGAAAAACAAGUGUAUUGGCUAAAGCUGCUACUGAAGCAUUGAAAUGGUGGUCCGAUCGAUCUGUUUCAGUCAUUUUACGUUUCCUUGGAACAACGCCUCCUUCAUCAACAAUCUACAAAACUAUGCUGUCGAUAUCAAAACACAUUUGUGCAUUAUACAAUCUACCGAUGGAAAUUUAUCCUGAUGUUAUAAAAUUACGUUAUCAAUUAGAAACUAGUCUAUUUAUGCAAAUACCUGAUAAUGAAUAUCUUAUUAUUUUACUCGAUUCAAUCGAUCAACUACAAACAGAUGGAUAUGAUUGUCAAUGGUUGCCUGGAUUAUUUCCAAAGAAUGUUAAAUGUAUCGUAUCAACAUUACCGGAUCAUGGUAAUAUUUUAUCAAAUUUACAAAUGAUUAUCAAUCAUAAUCCAUCUAUGCCGAAAGAUACUGAACAUUUACUUGUCUUAGUAUCACCUUUUCAAGCAUCUACAGUAGAAAUAGUUUAUAAUGAUUGGCUUGCAAUGAAGCAACGUUCAUUGAGCAAUGAACAACGUUCGUUUAUUCAAAAUUUAAUGGCAGAACGAACUGAAAUUCUUCCUCUAUUUAUGAAACUCGUUUUUGAUAUUAUUUUAACUUGGCAUUCAUAUGACUUUAUAGAUUUUAAACUACGAAAAUUAAAGUCAGUCGAUGAUUGUAUUCGUUAUCUUUUUAAUCAUCUAAAAACUGUUCAUAAUCCUAUUUUAUUCCAUCGUGCUAUAUGUUAUAUGACGGCAUGCCGAAGUGGCAUUAGUCAAAAUGAACUCGAAGAUGUGCUUUCACUUGAUGAUGAUGUUCUUAAAAGUGUUUUUCAACAUUAUAUACCACCUGUAAGACGAUUACCUGGCAUUUUAUGGACAAGAAUUAGAAAUGAUUUAGAUGAAUAUAUCACAGAAAAAGAAGUUGAUGAUUCAUCAGUGAUCUAUUGGUAUCAUCGUCGAUUUAUUGAAGUUGCACAAGCUCAAUUUAUUUCAAAAAUGGAUUCUCAAGAAAGAAAAGCUGUCUUUCAAAAUUUAAUUGAUUUAUACAAGGAAACAUGGAAAGGUAAAAAUAAGCCAUUCAAAAUAGAAGAUCCGAAGUUAAUGGAAAAAUAUCAUUUGACGGAAUCGAAUGGUGAAAUACAAGCAAAUCGAUUGACAACUUCGCAACCAAUUGAAUUCGUUGAUGUAGAUGGUCAUAUACAAUACAACAAAAGAAAGUUGAAUGAAUUGCCACAAUUUUUAACUCAAUUUACAACCGAUUUAGCCAUUCCAAUCGCUGCUGAAGAAGUCUUUUUCAACUAUUCAUUCAUGCGUGCUAAAAUUGCAUGUUCACCUUUCAAUGACAUUAUGAACGAUUUGCAAGCAUUCAAGAACAACUCAGCAUAUCAAAUUUCUCAACAAGCUAAAGAAACAAAGAAAGAAAUCGAUAUAUUCGCUAUGUUAUAUUUGAUUGUCGGCCCUCAACUUCAAGAAUAUCCGAAUAAUUAUCCCUUUGAAAUUUCUUCACGUCUUCUAAAUCUGUUUGGUAUCAAACCAUAUAUCACCAAUCUAAUAAAACAAUUUGAUGAACAAAGUAUACGUUAUUGUUCUCUGAUUGUUCCUUAUUGUCAACUUCAACCUCCAGGUAGUGGUUUACUCUUUUCAGUUGCUCGACAUACAACAUCCAUAGUCGAUUUCGAUUUUACUGAAGAUCAAAGAGUAGCUAUAUCUCUAUCUGAUAGAAUCGUCGUAAUUGAUAUGAAUGCAGCAAGUACAGUGUUGGAUAUCAAUUUACCGACAUUGGAUGAACCGUAUUUGAAUUCAACCACACUACCAGAAGCAUAUAAUUUCAAUGAAAAUGAUCAAACAAAAAAUGGUUCCUCUUCAACAGAUGACAAUGAUCAAUUCAAGAAAUACUUAUUUCUUGUCAAUUCACUACAUCAUAUCUAUCUUAUGUCUGCUCAUGAAAAUAUUAAAUUUGAACGAUCAUCUCAAGUUGGCUAUUUGAAUGUUGAAGUUUUUCAUAAGAAACGUGGUCUUUUUGUCAUGGCAGAAAUCAAUGGAAAUUGUGUUGAAUGUUGGGAUGUUGUAAAAAAUCGAUUGUUCGAUCGAAUUAAUUUUCCAUCAUCUAAAAUUAAAAAGGUUCUUUGUGUUAACAUCUAUUCAAUGAUUGUUACAGUUCUUCAAGAUGGAACUAUUCAUUUUCAUUCGAUUACUGAUUGGACCAAAUCAUCAUUGGUUCAUCGUGGUACCAUUCAAGCUGGUAUUCAUCUCGAUUUAGUUACUGUCGAUGAGCGAAUAUUAAUUGUCACAUUUGAUACAACUAUUCCUAUCGAUUUUGCCAUCAUUGAUUUAAAACAAUUCAAUAAAAAUGAACAAAUCAUAUGCGACAACCAAAUACCUAAAACAUUAUUCGCUUUCGAUCCUCCGAUUGGACCUAAACCAAUCAAAUCUAUCAUAUUACCUCACAAAGAAUCAAUGAGCGGAAAGAAAAAGUCAAAUUUUCCACUAUUUAUAGCUAAGACUACCACUGAUGCGUAUAUUAUUCAUAAAUGCAUUAGUAAAGACUUAUCCUACGUGUGCAUUAAUGGUCGAUUUGAUGUUGUGUCUAUGCAUGCAAGCAAUCCAAAUACAAUAUAUACAGCUCGUGGAGGCAUCCUCGAAGUAUAUAAAUGGGCAUGUAUUGAGGGUGAAGAUGAUAAAGAAGGCAAUCAUAAAAUUUUCCAUAAAUAUCAACUCUAUGUCUCCAUCGAUAUUAGUUCGUCACCUGUAACUACAAUUACAGCUUCGUCUGAAAACGGUCAGUUUAAAGUCUGUUUCUAA